AUGGUUAUGAGUGAAGGAUCGUGGACAAGAGAAUCUGUGUUCCAUACUUGUGGUGUUUGGAAGCCGUUAUGGUUUUUACAAAACGGUGAGCUACUGUAUUUUGCAAGCUUGAAUGAUGAACUAGCUGUGUUUGAUCAUGCCAUUGGAAAGUUGAAGCAUCUUGGUAUGUAUUGCUUUUCGACCUCACCAAGGCUAAUUCUAUUUUUUGAGAGCUUUGUUCAACUCAAUGGAAUUUCAGACGUUGAGGAGGAGAAAGAAGAAGACGAGCACAUGACUGAAGGGGAAGGGCCGUUAAGCGUAGCUUGUUAUCUUUACUGUUUAUCAGGGAAUCUAUCUGUAUUUUCCGUUGGGAAUAAUUUGUUAUUCCAAGAAAUUAGUCAUAAAAUCUUUUUUCCGACUGUCUUAAUUUUUCCAAGAAAUCCAUCCAUUAUUUUAACCGCCAUCAGACAGAAGAGUGGAAAGGAUAUAUGCAGGCAAAGAGAUGCUCUAUCUUAUGUGGAACUACGGCGCUGUUACAAACUCCGGUGGCUCAGCGGCAGCUACCGGCCGUGCAAGGAGGGCACGGGGGACGUUAGGGUGGUCGAUUUUUGCACCCGACGGCCGUGUCCAUCGACUAUAGUGAUGUCGACAGAUGCCUUUGCCGCCGUCUCACGAUCCCUCUAUUUUUUUCAUUUUUUAUUUACUUAGUUGCCAUAUAAAUUGUGGAGAUUUUUUAUUGAUAAACUAAGGUUUAGUUGUGUUUUGGUUUUUUGGGUUUUUUCGCAGUUUGCUAGCAUGUUUAGCUCAUUUAA